UCUUCCUAAAUUAAACGAUACAUGCUCUUCGGAUCCCUGGUUUUACAAGUUACAGACACAGUGGAUUGCAUCGAGGGCAAUAAUCAUGGGGGAAACUACCUGCUAUUGUUCAAUUGCAGUUUGUAUUGAACAAAAGAAUCCAGAAAUUGAACAGUUAUUACAGGAUUAUCUCAAAGAGAUAAGACUUCCUUUCAACAUACUGGAAUUUGGUAACUCUGGAAAUUUCACAACUGAACCGAAUGAAGCUUUAAAAAUCAGGUCAUUGGAAAAAAAUCCGGCACAAUCGCAUGCGAUUUGUUUUUUUCUAAAAGAGGAUACAGACCUAGAGUUCACACUUAAAAGUCAUCUCGAGGGAUUACCAUGGCAACUUGAUCACGUGAUUGAAAGUUCCCGGAUUGAACGACCUCGGACAAUCGCAAGACAAGAGUUUUACAGAUGUUCGUAUGAUAUGCCAUUGAUAUCAGUCGGUAGCGUACAUUACGGAAACGAACAUGUUCGAUUUCAUAUCAAUGUGAAAAAUUUCCACGAGAUGAAAGUAUUCUACGAAAGUAUUACAGACAGGAAAGCAAAGGAUUGUGGGCCGGAUUUUUGCUUCCUCACGACAUACUCGGAAGACGGUCUAGAUGUUCAAAUCGGUUUGAAGAAAAAUUCAACUGUGUUGCCCUUACGGAGUAGUUUGUUUCGACUGAAAUUUAAAGUCCAAAGCAUAUCUCCGCUGUUCGACUUUUUGGCAUCGGCCCAACAUUCUUCGAACCAAUCAAAUUACAUUCUUCAAGACCCAGAUGGCAAUGACGUUAUCAUUGAAAGGUCUUAUUCCAAAGUUAGCAACUUUCAUUGCGAGUCACCAAAUGAAGUUGAUGAAAACAACAAUUUUGAAUCAAAGAUUUUGGAAGAGAGUUCGAAUUCAAAUUCUAGGCUAAGAAAACAUAUGUGGAGUAAAAAUGAGUAUUCUGAACAUGGUCUGUUUCCGGAAGAAGCUAUGUCUAGUGUUGAUGGUUCCCUGAGCAAGAGUGAGGACAGUGAGUCUGAAUGCAUGGUCAUCGUGAAUCACGCGUAUGAAGAACAUAUAACUUUUGUAUGAAGGCGAAAAGUAGUCCGCAUGAGCAUGUUCUCAUGAUGACGUUAUGUGCAAAGACAAGUUAUUACAUAACAGGAGUCGUUGUUAUGGUUUAUAAACAAUACAUUGGAAAAUGCAAGCUUUCUGAGCGAAAAUAAAAGAAUAGGUAAAAUGAUAACUGAGUUUUGUCGAUGUUUUGGCUUAUUUUGACAUACACUUUGGCAUUUCUUUCCAGUCUGACAAGCUUGUCGCUAAAAUUCAACAUCUACUAGACUGGAACAUAAGUUAGAGAAUAGCUACCUUCACUCGGCCAAUCAGCUUCCAGUAUUUCCAUGCUCUUUAACUGAUAGGGGUUGAAAAUCAUGAAAAUUAUGAGUGACUUUUUUGAAUUUAUUAACAACUUUAUAUUGAGUU